GGAACAUUCCACAACAACAAAAUUCAUAAAUAAAAAGCCUUUGUUGGAGAAGGAAUCUGAAGAAAGAUGCAGAGCUGCAGGGAUUGAUGAAUGUUUGACAGAUAGUGAGGAAAGGAGCUUUGCAGCAGCAUUCCUACUGUGCUGAGCUGCGUGACUGGUCUCUGCAAGCAGAGGGAGGAGAGAAGGAAGGGAUGAAGGAAGGAGAGAAAGAAGGGGGAGGGGAGGCGAGUCAGUGCAGUGCUAGCUGAGUGGAUGGGAAGCAGCCGCGGCGCAGGCAGCAGCGGCAGCAGCAUCAGCACCACUCUCCCUUUGUGGAUGCUGGAGGCAGUCUCGUUGCUGCACCCAGAGAAGACGUGUCCCUUGCUCUCUCUGUAUAUGCAUGGCGUGGCCGAAAGAAGAGAGGCAGUGAAGUGACAGGGCUUGGGGCACAGCAGAGGGAGGCAGGAGGAGGAAACAGGGACAACCUGUGGUAGUAGUGAGGAGGGCUGGAGCGACAGCAACAGUAGCAGCGGCAUCAUGGCACAAGCUGCCAAGCAGCUCCGUAAGACCAAGGACCUCGCCGAGGCCGCCGCCCAGGAGCAGAGGGAGAAGGAGGAGGAAAAGAUCAAAAAGAGGAAUCGAUCUAGGGACCGCAGACGCAAGGCCGAUGCAGCCACCAGUUUUUUGCGUGCAGCUCGUUCGGGGAAUCUGGACAAGGCUCUAGAUCACAUCAGGAACGGGAUUGACAUCAACAUAGCUAAUCAAAAUGGUCUUAACGGGUUACACCUGGCCUCUAAAGAAGGUCAUGUCAAAAUGGUUCUGGAGCUGCUGCAUUGUGGGAUUGAGCUGGAAGCAACCACCAAGAAAGGGAACACUGCUCUCCACAUUGCAGCGCUGGCAGGGCAGGAGAAAGUGGUGGCUGAACUUGCCCGCUAUGGUGCCAACGUUAAUGCCCAGUCCCAUAAAGGGUUCAGUCCACUCUACAUGGCAGCACAAGAGAACCAUUUAGAGGUGGUCAAGUUUCUCCUUGAGAAUGGUGCAAAUCAGAGUCUUCCAACUGAGGAUGGCUUCACUCCCCUCGCAGUGGCCCUCCAGCAGGGCCACGAAAAUGUUGUAGCGCUGCUAAUCAACUACGGCACUAAGGGCAAGGUCCGCCUGCCGGCGCUUCAUAUCGCUGCACGAAACGACGACACACGCACUGCCGCAGUCCUCCUGCAGAACGACCCCAACCCUGAUGUACUCAGCAAGACCGGUUUCACACCUCUCCAUAUUGCAGCUCACUAUGAAAACAUGAGUGUAGCCCAGCUGCUGCUGAACAGAGGAGCUAAUGUAAAUUUCACCCCCAAGAAUGGGAUCACACCUCUUCAUAUAGCAUCCAGGAGGGGGAAUGUGAUGAUGGUCAGAUUACUGUUGGACAGAGGAGCACAGAUUGAUGCUAAAACAAAGGACGAGCUGACUCCUCUUCACUGUGCAGCCAGGAAUGGUCAUGUUCGCAUCAUUGAGAUUCUGUUGGAACACGGUGCUCCCAUCCAAGCUAAAACCAAGAACGGUCUGUCCCCAAUUCACAUGGCAGCUCAAGGGGAUCACAUGGACUGUGUCAGGCAGCUACUGCAAUACAACGCUGAGAUUGAUGACAUCACACUGGACCAUCUGACCCCACUUCAUGUAGCAGCCCACUGUGGUCACCACCGCAUGGCCAAAGUCUUACUGGACAAGGGGGCCAAAGCCAACGCUCGUGCUCUGAAUGGCUUCACACCUCUUCAUAUCGCUUGCAAGAAGAACCACAUGCGGUCCAUGGACCUGCUACUGAAGCACUCGGCAUCCCUGGAAGCUGUCACAGAGUCUGGUCUCACUCCUCUUCAUGUAGCAUCGUUCAUGGGCCACCUGAACAUAGUGAAGAACCUGCUCCAAAGAGGGGCUUCACCUAAUGCUUCCAAUGUGAAAGUGGAGACUCCUCUCCAUAUGGCCUCCAGAGCAGGACACUGUGAAGUCGCUCAGUUCCUGCUACAAAACGCAGCACAAGUGGAUGCAAAGGCAAAGGACGAUCAGACGCCCCUGCACUGUGCAGCUCGCAUGGGCCACAAGGAGCUCGUCAAGUUGCUCCUGGACCACAAAUCCAACCCAGACUCAGCUACGACUGCAGGACACACGCCUUUACACAUUGCUGCGCGGGAGGGGCAUGUUCAUACCAUUCGGAUAUUGCUAGAUGCUGGUGCGCAGCAAGUCAAGAUGACAAAGAAAGGUUUCACUCCCCUACAUGUGGCAUCUAAGUAUGGAAAGGUGGAUGUAGCAGAGCUUCUUCUGGAAAGAGGCGCCAACCCUAACGCAGCAGGAAAAAACGGUCUGACACCCCUUCAUGUGGCCGUCCAUCACAACAACAUGGCUGUUGUUAAACUCCUGGUCAACAAGGGAGGAUCUGCUCACAGCACAGCCAGAAAUGGAUACACGCCUCUGCACAUAGCGGCCAAGCAGAACCAGAUGGAGGUGGCCAGUUGUCUUCUUCAAAAUGGGGCAUCGCCGAACGCUGAAUCCAUCCAAGGCAUUACGCCCUUACACCUGGCCUCGCAGGAGGGUCGGCCAGACAUGGCGUCUCUGCUCAUCUCCAAACAGGCCAACGUUAAUCUGGGAAACAAGAAUGGACUGACCCCUCUGCAUCUUGUAGCUCAGGAGGGUCAUGUAGGCAUUGCUGACACGUUGGUCAAACACGGAGCCUCUGUUUAUGCUGCUUCACGAAUGGGCUACACUCCCCUUCACGUGGCCUGUCACUAUGGCAACAUAAAGAUGGUGAAGUUCCUUCUGCAGCAGCAGGCUCAUGUGAACGCCAAAACAAGGAUGGGCUACACCCCCUUACACCAGGCAGCCCAACAGGGCCACACGGAUAUCGUCACCCUGCUGCUGAAACAUGGAGCGCUGCCCAAUGAAAUUACAUCGAAUGGGACAUCUCCCUUGGGCAUUGCGAAGCGUCUUGGUUAUAUUUCUGUCAUUGAUGUGCUAAAGCUGGUUACUGAGGAGUCUGUUUCCAUUAUCACCACAGAGAAACAUCGGAUGAGCUUUCCUGAGACAGUAGAUGAGAUUCUGGAUGUUUCUGAAGAUGAAGGUGUUGCCCAGCUGACCCUAGGAGAUGAGCUGCUUGGACUGGAUGGAGCACGAUAUUUAAAACUCGAUGACUUCAAGGACCAGGACGAUGACUUUCUGUCCCCAAAGAAAACCCUCAGAGACUUUGAUGGUGGCACGGGCACCACGCCAUAUUCUCCAGCUAUUCCUAGAAUUCCCUGUGUGUCACCAGAGACGGUACAGCUGGAUCAGCACACCCCCAUCCCUCUGCCUAAAGAGUACGAUGAAGACUCGCUCAUCCCCAGCAGUCCAGCUACUGAGACAUCAGACAACGUCAGCCCAGUGGCCAGCCCCAUCCACACAGGGUUCUUGGUGAGCUUCAUGGUGGAUGCACGAGGAGGCUCCAUGCGGGGAAGUAGGCACCAUGGCCUGCGGGUGAUCAUCCCUCCUCGGACCUGCGCUGCACCAACGCGGAUCACCUGUCGUCUUGUGAAACCUCAGAAGCUGACCACGCCUCCUCCACUGGUGGAGGGGGAGGGACUGGCGAGCCGCAUCAUCUCCCUGGGGCCUUCCAGUAUGCAGUUCCUUGGCCCUGUAAUAGUAGAAAUUCCUCACUUUUCCUCACUGGCUCGGGGGGAUCGAGAGCUUGUGAUCCUCCGUAGUGAAAACGGCUCGGUCUGGAAGGAGCAUCGCAAUCGCUAUGGCGACGAAGUGCUGGAAACUAUCCUAAAUGGCAUGGAUGAAGAGCUGGAGAGUCAAGAGGAGCUGGAGAAGAAGAGAAUCCGUCGAAUCAUCUCCACCGACUUCCCCCUCUACUUUGCUGUGGUCUCUCGCAUUCAGCAGGAAAGUGAUCUUAUUGGUCCAGAAGGCGGCCGGCUGAGCAGCAAACUGGUGCCACGCGUGGAGGCCAUUUUCCCCGAGACGGCCGUUACCAAGAGAGUGAGGCUGGGACUGCAGGCACAGCCGAUCCCUGAUGAGCUGCUGACCAGACAGCUCGGAAACCAAGCAACUUUUAGCCCAGUGGUUACCAUCGAACCACGACGGCGCAAGUUUCACCGUCCAAUUGGACUGCGGAUUCCUUUACCCCCAUCUUGGAGGGAAAGUCCACGCGAUGCAGGCGAGGGAGACACCACCAGCUUGCGCCUCCUCUGCAGUGUCAUUGGUGGAACCGCUCCAGCUCAGUGGGAGGACAUCACUGGAACCACCAAGCUGAUGUACGCCCAUAGCUGUGCCAGUUUUACCACCAACGUGUCUGCUAGAUUCUGGCUGGCAGACUGUCCACGUACAGCAGAGGCCGUGACCUUUUCCAACUUGCUGUACAAAGAGCUCAUGGCAGUUCCAUACAUGGCCAAAUUUGUUAUUUUUGCAAAGAUGAAUGAAGCGCGUGAAGGGCGGCUGCGUUGUUACUGCAUGACAGAUGACAAGAUGGACAAAACUCUGGAGCUGCAUGAAAACUUCACCGAAGUGGCACGCAGCAGAGAUAUUGAGCUUAUGGAGGGCAUGCCUCUGCACCUGGAGUGCUCUGGAAACCUGGUGCCGAUCCGGAAGGCCACCCAGCAGCCCCGUAGCUUCAGCUUCCAGGCCUUUAGAGAUAACAGACUGCCUGUUUCAGUUAAGGUCAGAGACAGCAACAAAGAGGCCACUGGCUUUUUGUCUUUCCUGCGAAAAAGCACAAAGUACGAGGAUGCGCAGCACGUGUUGUGUAACCUUAACAUCACUAUGCCACCUUGUGUCAAGGUAGUUGGGAGUGAGGAGCGCAGGCGAACUUUGACCCCUCUUGCUCUGAGAGAACGCUACAGUGCGCUGAAUGAGCCUGGUGUGGCGACAGUGAAUGCCAUAGAGCGGGCUGAGAUCAAAAUCAACCUUGUAUCAGAGCAGCUGGGUUUGAGCUGGGCAGAAUUGGCACGAGAGCUUCAUUUUGGUGUUGAUGACAUCAACAGGAUUCGUGUAGAAAAUCCAAAUUCCCUGUUGGACCAGAGCUCAGCCUUGCUCAACCUGUGGGUCAGCAGAGAGGGCAAAAGAGCCAAGAUGGAGAGCCUGUACACUGCUCUGAAGAACAUUGACCGUGCCGACAUCAUCACAUCUCUGGAGGGUUCGGCUCCAGAGCCAGGACCUGGGUCAUCAGAGGAGGGUGCCUGUCGUCUUGGUGACCAUGACUCCACUAUGCUGUCCCCAAGUGUCAUUAAUGGUUAUGGACUGGUUCAGGAGGAGCUUCUGUCCCCGGCCUCCAUGCAGUACAGCUUGCCCUCUCCGCUGGGCGUGGAGCCCUACUGGCAGGAGGUUUCCAGCCUGGAGUGUGCACCCAUUGCCACCACAGAAGAAGACACUCUAAUGGAGAUGUCAGACGUUCAGGUGUGGCCAGCAGGGGUCAGCCCCUCGCUGGUCACAGUAGAGGACUCGUCUCUAGAUGGCAGCAGUCGGGCUGACGACUCUGAGGGCGCCACACUCUCGUUACCAUGCAGCUUAGGACGCCCAAGCAGUGGAGCCAGUGGGGCCAGUGGUUCCAUCAUGGAGCUGGAAGAAGAAGAGGAGGAGGAGGAGGAGGAGGAAAGGGAGGUUGAGGAGGAGGAGGCACCACAGGAGCCAGCGAGUGCACUGGCUGAAAGGGACAAAGUGAGGGCCAGUGGCGCUGUUCCGAAGGUCAAUCUAAACGGGCAGCUGGGAGGUCAGAGGUCAGACUCAAGGAGAGGGGAGGCCCUGGUGAUGGGAGGAGGCACGAAAGGAGGAGCUGGAGGUGUAGGGUUGGGCUCAGUGGAAGGGAUUUCUCUUGUUGCAGGCCAGCAGGUGUAUGCCCAGCGAAGUGAGCUGAUAGGCCUGAGUCAGCCAGCAGAACACAACGGGGACAACCGGAUGGCAGGAGGUGGUGCGUUUCAACCCUACUUACCAGACAAGGACUCCUUGCAGGGCUGGGUGGGCUCUGUGUCAUCGGGACAUGAUGGGAGCAUUCCAGGCUUGCACAUGACGCAGGAGGCCCUGCUGACUUCGAGAGAACAGAAGGAAGGCUGGUCUGCUGAGGUGCAAGAGCAGGGAAAUGUGCUCGCUAGAAAGGUGGGGGUGGAUGUGAGAAAGGGUGUUCAGUCAGUGCAGCGGACCAAUCUGCGGAGAGUUAAACACUGAAAUACACACACCUCCCAGUCCUUCAGGUAUGGGACACACAACAAGCACUUGUGCAUCCCAGUGCUUGGAUAGUAUCCGCUGGGAGUAAUUUCCCUCUGGAAUUAAUAAAGUGUCGUUGUACCCUGUAAAUGACGACCCAUUGGACUCUGACUGAGCCUAAAUAGUUCCUUUAUAAGCUGCUCUGCUUCACUCAUGUUUACUUUUUGCAACCCUGUUUGCAAAGGGAAAUAAAUGUAGACGUUAAAUGUAGAGUCUUAUUAUUUAAAAACCAUUUGAGCUGCCACAGGACUUAAUGCAAAGGCAACAUAUCAGCUUAUGUCAAGUAAAAUGCCUUUUGGAGAAUUUUUUUUCUCCUUUUUUCUCUUUUCCUUCUAUUUACCUUUUUAUUUUUGGGGCAUUACUGUAUCACAAGAUGCAUGAAAUGUUCAGUGGUCUUGGGGAAAUGUGGGUAAACAGCAACAUAAAGGCUUGCCAAUCUCACUAGAUUCACGUGUGAUUAUGAAAUGUGGAAAAUUCAUAGAACUUAUCAACCUAAAUCUUUUGGAGGAAAGACCUAGACCCACAGAUUCAAGGGCGUGCCAUUGAUGCAAUAAAAGUUCAAUUCGACAUCAUGCCGCUGAAGCCUGAGUCGUACUUCUCGGUCAGCUCAGUUUAGGAGUCGGGCACAUGCAUUGAAGGUAGUGGGCGCAGUUCUUUUCUGGGCUAUCCAGCCAACAUUGCAGUCACGUCUCCAGUCCAUAGCAGUGUAUUAACUAUUAUGUUUAAAGAGGUCCUUUACUCUUUUUUGUACUACAUUUGCAGUGGUCUCUAGCAGGAAUAAAUGCCUGGUGCUCCGGUGCAUCUGUUUCAGCACAGAGAAUUCAGCCAGAGGAGAAAGUAGCUUCAGAGGACAGGAUUUGGAGUUUUAUUUCUAGAUUACUAGACAUUUCGCCUCUGAUUGCAAAGCGAAUUUACCACUGACUCUCUGUGCUCUGCAAUGUUGAUGUUUUAUCUCCACAAAUACAGUAACACAAGCCUGAAGGAGUUCUGCCAUGUGGUGGAGUAGCUAAUGCUAAUAUCUAGCUUAUACAAGCCUUCCCAGUUACAAGUCAAGAUGGGUGAGUCCAUGAAUGUUACGUGACAGUGUGAUGUAGAUCUGUCAGGAUUUUCUAAUCCUAGAGUUUCACCGUCUAUGACCAAUCAUUUUAAAAAAUAAUAAGUAAAAAUGAUUUCUAAGUGGACCCUUAUUUCAGAGACUUCUGAACACAAACAAAUGUGUCCUUCAUUCGUGUCCACCUCUUUAUGCAAUCGCCAUCUCCAAACAAACAUUUUUCAUCAUUUCCAUCCGUGAAAAAAAGGUUUGCUGCGUAUCUUUGUACUCCUUCAGUCACAUGUGUUCAUGUCGUCUGACAUUUUCCCUGAGAUGUUCUUCAAUCUGCUCUUUUUAAUUUUUUUAGAGGGGACGGGUGGUGCUGUUGACUAAUUUAAAGGAAACAGUGUCCUGACCAAUAACAAGCUUGUGGUCUAUGUUGCUUUAGAUAGAUAGUUAAAAAUGUGAGCAUGUUUCUGUCACCAUAUGCGGGUCUGCUGCAGAGGCCUUGCAUCGACACAUAAUGGUGUUUCAUGCCUCCCUACCCACGCAGACAGAGGAGAAUUAUUCAGGUUUUAAUAUUUAUGUAAACACAUUUCAUUUAUUCUGCACCUAAUUUAAAAUGAGACAUUUAAACAAUAUGUUUCUAUGUUAUCUUGGUGUCAGACAAUGGAAAAGUGGGAUGAUUUCAGGGUGUUAACUCUGCAUCUUGCUUGGGCUCAGGCUAGGGGAAAUGGUAUUUUUUUCAUCCUCAAGACCCAUAAAAAAUUCUGCCACACUCAGUAGCUUUACAACCUACAGAAGUUGGCCUUUUUAUUUAUUUUUAAGGUUCAAAUGUUUUUUAAAUCAUCACAUCCCACUUUUAACUCCCUUCUCACCACUUCCAACCCUCUCAGGAAGCUGUAUUGUUCCACUGUCUACAUGUUAAUGUGUAUUUUCAGUAAUU